AUGUCUACAACAGCUACAGAUAAUUGGAUUACUGAACAAGUAUAUUUACCCACAACUUUUCCAACUUCGGCUAAAAUAGUCAAAUUGUAUAUUAAUGUUAAUGACGAGAUAAACAAAGGAGACAGAAUACUAGCUUAUCAAUAUACCGACGAGGAAGAUUAUUUAAUUUCUAGCGAUGAUUUAUCUAAUACUAAAAAAAGAAAAGUGGAUAGAGUAGCUAUUUUUGAAAGUCCCUCAAUGGGCAAAGUUACUAAAAUUAUGUGCAAAAUAGGAGAUUCUAUGGAUCAAUUAUCUUGCAGUAAUGGCAGUAACGCACGACCCAUUUUAGAAUUACAGAAUGGAUGUUCCCACCAAAUGUUAUAUGGGGGAUUAUGUGUACGCUGCGGUAAAGUGUUCGAUCCAGAAAAUGUUCCUAAUAUUGACACUUCUGAUACUUUUUCUAAUGGUCUACUUAGUGCUAAUGGAAGUAUUUCUUCCACUACUAAAAGCUCUGGAGCACUUAAUAAUAAAACCAACUUGAUGGCCAUUUCCCAUUCAAACUUAGAUAUUAAAGUCACUGGUUCAGAAGCAGCCAAUAUAGCGGAUCAGCAUACUAGACAACUACUAAAGCAGAGAAAAUUGAUUUUGGUUGUUGAUUUAGAUCAAACAGUAAUCCAUUGUGCAGUAGAUCCUACCAUAGGCGAAUGGCAAAAUGAUCCUAGCAACCCAAAUUAUGAUAUGCUACAAGACGUUAGGUCCUUUAUACUUCAAGAAUCGCCGCUUAUACUUCCAUCUACAAGUACUAAUGCCCUAGUGCUCAACCAUGCAUAUAAAAGAGAAUGUAAAUAUUACGUGAAAAUGAGACCUGGGUUGCAAAAAUUUUUCCAAGAAAUAUCGCAGUAUUUUGAACUACAUAUUUAUACUAUGGCCACAAGGGCUUACGCAUUGGAGAUUGCCAAAAUCAUUGAUCCAGAUGGUAAAUUAUUUGCAGAUAGGAUACUUUCUAGAGAUGAAAAUGGAUCUUUAACACACAAAUCCUUGGAACGAUUAUUUCCAACAGACCAAUCUAUGGUUUUGGUUAUUGACGAUAGAGGAGAUGUGUGGAAUUGGUGUGAGAAUUUAAUCAAAGUUGUUCCAUAUAAUUUUUUUGUUGGUAUAGGUGAUAUUAAUUCUACUUUCCUACCCAAUAACAAUAUCAUCGAUAACAGUGUCCAACGUAGCAAUGCAGUUGCUAGUAAAGAUAAGGGGAAAGAGAUUGAAGAAAAAGAAAAAAAAUUAGGGCAGGAAACUGCUAAUGGUUUAGGUACAACGUUGAUACCUGAAGCCUUACAAACUAGUGAGAUUCAAAAUAUAAGUAGGGAAAUACAAGAUGAAGAACAAUUUAAAUUGGAUAAAAUGAUUAAGGAAGCAAGGCUUUUACCGACCACUGCACCAACUCUAUCAGAUAUAGAAGAUCUUGAUGACACUGAAAACAAUGGUGGGACUUCUUCUGCUGUUCCCCCUAUGGAUACAGAGAAAGUCGGUAAGGAGAAAACCGAUGCAGUAAUUGGUGAAAUUGAACAUUCUGCGGUUAUUGAGGUACAACAUGAAGAUAGACCUUUAGCUGAAAUACAAAAAAGGUUAGACAUUGAAAAUAAAAGACAAAAUGAUAGUAAUAUUCGUGACAAUGACAACAAUAACGGCACCAAUAACAAGAAUAAUAGUAAUAUUGCUAAUAAACUUUUCAAAGUUUUAAGUGAUAAUGAUGUUGAGUUAGAAUAUCUAGGUCCUAGACUAGUAGAUAUACAUCAUAAUUUUUAUGACUUGUAUAAUAAAGAUGAUAAUAGUAGUCUUCCUAGACCUGAUUUGAAAUUAUUGGUACCUGCAUUGAAAAGAAAAGUUUUCGAAACUUGUCACUUUGUAUUUUCUGGUAUUUUCCCCUUAGGAGUGGACUUGCAUAAAGUAGACAUUGUAAUAUGGUGUGAAACUUUUGGGGCUACAAUUACCGAUGAUAUCACAUUAAAAACAACACAUUUAAUUACCAAGAAACCAAGCACUUUAAAGGCAAGAUUAGCGGAUAAAUAUAAACCAGAUGACAUUAAAAUUGUUCAUCCUGAUUGGAUAUUUGAUUGUCUUUUGCAUUGGAGUAAAGUUGACGAAACCCCGUACAAGUUAAAAGUGGAUGGUAUUCCUGUAUCUUCUGAGGAAUAUGCUACAUUUUUAACGAACUUAGAUAAGUAUAGUAACACUCAUACUCAUGAUAUUAACGAAGAGGAGGAACGAGAACAAGGAGAAGAAGAGCUGAAGUAUUUGUUGAAUGAUGAAAAUAAGGAUUGGUUGGAUGAUGAUGAUGAUAAAAUGGAUGAAUUUUUAAAUAGUGAUGAUGAAGAAGAGGAAGAAGAAGAAGAAGAAGAAGAAGAAGAAGAAGAAGAAGAAGAAGAAGAAGAAGAAGAGGAAGGAAACAGUGAAAAUCGCAUGAAUAAUGGUGGUAGUAAUAACAAGAGGAAGAUAGAAGAUGAAGAAAGAAGCAAAUACAAUGGUAAUAAUCUUAAUGGAACUGCUAGUCCGAAAAGGGUUAAGUUUUUGAUUUCAAAAAAUAAUGCUAAUGAUAUCAUUGAUAAUGAAAAUGAAGAUUCUAAAAAUAUCAAGACCAAUAGUACAAAAACUGAUGUUAAUCAUGUAAAUAAGGCCGUUAACAAUGAUACAGACACAAUUUCUGUUGAUACUACUGAUAAAGUAGAUGACAAUUUCGAACAUAGUAAUCACAAUAAUAUUAGUAGUGAAGAAGACAAAGAUUUGGAGGAUUUAGAGGCAGAAUUGUUGCUAGAACUAGAGGAAUGA